AUGAGAGGAACAAGAGGGUACCUUGCACCGGAAUGGAUUUCAGGUGUAGCCAUCACCCCAAAAGCUGACGUCUACAGUUAUGGUAUGAUGCUGUUUGAAAUUAUCUCGGGUAAGAGAAACGCAGAGCAUUAUAAUAAUGAUGAGAAAAUUAGAUUUUUCCCUACUUGGGCAGCUACCAAAAUGCAUGAAGGCGAAGAUAUCAUUAGCCUGGUUGAUAACAGGUUGGAAGGUAAUGCUGAUAUUGAAGAGGUCGCUAGAGCUUGUAAAGUUGCUUGUUGGUGCAUUCAAGGUGACGAAGCUCAUAGGCCCUCCAUGGGUCAGGUAGUUCAGAUGCUUGAAGGAGUUUUAGAGGUGAACCCACCUCCAAUUCCAAGGUCUCUCCACGUUCUUGUGGAAAACCAAGAUAAUAUGUUCUUCUUCUCAGAGUCUUCGAGCCGCAAUUCAAAUGGACGAAGCAACACAACAUCGUGCACCUCUUCUCAGGCCAAGAGCACCACCUCCUCAUCCAUGAGUUCAAAGUCUUAA